CUCGAGCAUUUAGACACAAGCGAGAGGAUCAUGGCGGAUGGCCCCAGGUGUAAGCGCAGAAAGCAGGCGAACCCGCGGCGCAAUAACGUUACAAACUAUAAUACUGUGGUAGAAACAAAUUCAGAUUCAGACGAUGAAGACAAACUCCACAUUGUGGAAGAAGAAAGUAUCACGGAUGCAGCAGAUUGUGAAGGUGGCGUGCCAGAAGAUGACCUGCCAACAGACCAGACAGUGUUACCUGGGAGCAGCGCAAGAGAAGGGAACGUGAAGAGCUGCUGGGAAGACGACGCAGGAAAGGAAGGACAAGAAAUCCUGGGGCCUGAAGCUCGGGCAGAUGAAGUGGGAGGUACAGUAAAAGAUGAUGAAUGCGACUCAGAUGCAGAAAAUGAACAAAACCAUGAUCCUAACGUUGAAGAGUUCCUGCAGCAACAAGACACCGCGGUCAUCUACCCUGAGGCGCCCGAGGAGGACCAGAGGCAGGGCACACCAGAGGCCAGCGGGCACGAUGAAAACGGAACACCAGAUGCAUUUUCCCAGUUACUCACCUGCCCGUAUUGUGACAGAGGAUAUAAACGCUUUACCUCUCUGAAAGAACACAUUAAAUAUCGCCAUGAAAAGAAUGAAGAUAAUUUCAGUUGCUCCCUGUGCAGUUACACCUUUGCAUACAGAACCCAGCUCGAACGUCACAUGACCUCCCAUAAAUCAGGAAGAGAUCAAAGACAUGUGACGCAGUCUGGGGGUAAUCGUAAAUUCAAGUGCACUGAAUGUGGAAAAGCUUUCAAAUACAAACACCAUCUAAAAGAGCACUUAAGAAUCCACAGUGGAGAGAAGCCAUAUGAAUGCCCAAACUGCAAGAAACGUUUUUCCCAUUCCGGUUCCUAUAGCUCGCACAUAAGCAGUAAGAAAUGUAUCAGCCUGAUGCCUGUGAACGGGCGACCACGAACAGGGCUCAAGACCUCGCAGUGUCCCUCACCAUCUCUCUCGGCAUCACCAGGCAGUCCCACGCGACCACAGAUACGGCAGAAGAUAGAGAAUAAGCCCUUCCAAGAACAACUUUCUGUCAACCAAAUCAAAACUGAGCCUGUGGAUUAUGAGUUCAAGCCCAUAGUGGUCGCUUCAGGAAUCAACUGCGCAGCCCCUUUACAGAAUGGGGUCUUCAGCGGCGCUGGCCCCUUACAGGCGGCCGGCGCCUCUCAGGGUGUGGUGCAAGCCGUUGUUCUGCCAACGGUGGGCUUGGUGUCCCCCAUCAGUAUCAAUUUAAGUGAUAUUCAGAAUGUACUUAAAGUGGCAGUAGAUGGUAAUGUAAUCAGGCAAGUCUUGGAGAAUAAUCAAGCCAAUCUUGCAUCCAAAGAGCAAGAAACAAUCAACGCUUCAUCCAUCCAGCAAGGUGGCCAUUCUGUUAUUUCAGCCAUCAGUCUUCCUCUGGUUGAUCAAGAUGGGACCACCAAGAUCAUCAUUAACUACAGUCUUGAACAACCGAGCCAACUUCAGGUUGUUCCUCAGAAUUUAAAAAAAGAAAAUCCAGUCCCCACCAGCAGUUGCAAAAGUGAAAAGUUACCAGAAGAUCUUACUGUUAAAUCUGAGAAGGACAAAAGCUUUGAAGGAGGAGGGGAUGACAGCACUUGCCUCCUGUGUGACGACUGUCCAGGGGACAUCAGCGCACUUUCGGAGCUAAAGCACUAUGACCUGAAGCAGCCCGCCCAGCCCCAUCUGCCCCCCACACCAGAAGGUGCCAAGCCCGAGGCCUCUGCUCCCUCGGGGUCCGGAGAUGGCAGUUUGUCUCCCAGUCAGCCACCUUUAAAGAACCUCCUGUCUCUUCUGAAAGCAUAUUAUGCUUUGAAUGCACAGCCAAGUGCAGAAGAGCUCUCAAAAAUUGCUGACUCAGUGAACCUACCACCGGAUGUAGUGAAAAAGUGGUUUGAAAAGAUGCAGAUGGGACAGACUUCAGUGCAAUCUUCUGAAGCGUCUUCUCCCGAGCCAGGCAAAGCCAACAUCCCUGCUAAGAACGAUGAUCAGCCUCAACCCACAAACACAGAUGAAUCCCAGGACGGCACAAGGAAUCUCCAGAGUCCUCUGAAGCUAACUAGCUCCCCCGUCUUACCAGUGGGCUCAGCGGUCAACGGUUCCAGAAGCAGCGCAUCAUCCCCAUCCCCCCUCAACCUCUCCUCCUCCGGAAACGCACAGGGUUACUCGUACCCGGCAGAAGGGGCACAGGAAGAGCCACAAGUCGAACCUCUUGAUCUUUCACUACCAAAGCAACAGGGAGAGUUAUUGGAAAGGUCAACUAUCACUAGUGUUUACCAGAACAGUGUUUAUUCUGUCCAGGAAGAACCCUUGAACUUGUCUUGUGCAAAAAAGGAGCCACAAAAGGACAGUUGUGUCACAGACUCAGAACCAGUUGUAAAUGUAAUCCCACCAAGUGCCAACCCCAUAAAUAUUGCUAUACCUACAGUCACUGCCCAGUUACCCACGAUUGUGGCCAUCGCCGACCAGAACAGCGUUCCGUGCUUGCGAGCGCUGGCGGCCAACAAGCAGACCAUCCUGAUCCCCCAGGUCGCGUACACGUACUCGACUGCAGUCAGCCCCGCGGUCCAGGAAGCAUCCCUGAAGGUGACCCAGCCCAACGGAAAUCAGGAUGAAAGGCAAGACACUAGCUCAGAAGGAGUAUCAAAUGUAGAAGAUCAGAAUGACUCUGACUCCACGCCACCCAAAAAGAAAAUGCGAAAGACAGAAAAUGGAAUGUAUGCUUGUGAUUUGUGUGAUAAGAUAUUCCAGAAGAGCAGCUCGUUGUUGAGACAUAAAUACGAACACACAGGUAAAAGACCUCACGAGUGCGGCAUCUGCAAAAAGGCAUUUAAACACAAGCAUCACCUGAUCGAGCACACGCGCUUGCAUUCCGGGGAGAAGCCCUACCAGUGCGACAAGUGCGGGAAGCGCUUCUCCCACUCGGGCUCCUAUUCCCAGCACAUGAACCACCGCUACUCCUACUGCAAGAGGGAGGCCGAGGGGCCCGAGCCGGGGGCCGCGGGCCCGGGGGGCCCGCCCACGCACCACGCGGGGGCCCGCGCCUCCCCCUCGCAGGGCGACUCGGACGAGAGGGAGAGCUCCACGCGGGAGGAGGACGAGGACAGUGACAAGGAGGAGGAGGAGGAGGAGGAGGAGAAGGAGACGGAGGACCUGCAGGAGGAAAAGGAAAGUGGAGAACCGCAAGGGGGGGAGGAGGAGGGGGAGGAGGGGGAGGAGGAGGAGAUGGAGGAGGAGGAGGAGGGGGAGGGGCACGAGGGGGAGGGAGCGAACUCCGAAGGUGCGAGGGAGGGCGCAGGAGCUGGAAGCCCGGCCCGCAGCUUAGAACACAAAGUCAGCCAGGGCGGUGAGCAGGUGUCUGAAGAGAAAACAAACGAAGCCUGAUCGUUUUUCUAGAAAGAAAGAAAAUUCUAAUUGGUAAUGAAGUUUGUUCUAUAUUAUACAUGCUUUUCACAGAAACACAGUAACCUGUAUACUGUGAUUUCUGUUCACUACUGUGUAAAGUAAAAAUUUAAAAAAAUACAAAAUACCAAAAAAAAAAAAAAAAAAACCACACACAAAAAAAAAUCCGGGUGUGCCUGAACCUCAGACCUAGUAAUUUUUCAUGCAUUUUUCAAAGUUAGGAACAAGUUUGUAACAUGAAGCAGAUUAGAAAACUUAAUGACUCAGAAAGCAAAGAUGCAACAGGUUAAAGGAAACUGAUUACUUAGAUAAGCAUCUGGCAUUGUUUCAUUUUAUCAGUAUUAAUUAUCAUUCUUACGUUGGUUUAUUCUUAAGCUGUACAAUUGGGAGAAAUUUUAUAAUUUUUUAUUGGUAAACAUAUGCUAAAUCCACUUCAGUAUUUUAUUAUGUUUUUUAAAAUGUGAGAACUUCUGCACUACAAAAUUCCCUUCACGGAGAAGUAUAAUGCAGUUCCAAACCGUGCUAACUACCAUUUCUAAAUUCAAUCUAGAAGGUAGUAACUUCUAAUAUUUAGAUGUCAUAGUAGAGCGUAUUUUCAUUUAAAGUGUAUCGUUAGCCUUAAGAAAGCAGCUGAUAGAAGAGCUGAAGUUUCUUACUCAUGUGGUUUAAAUGGAGUUGAAAAGAUUGCCGUUGAGUUCUGAUUGCAGGGACUAACAGUGUUGAUACUGGUGAGGACAGCAGAGUCGUCAGAUCAGUGUUCGUAAUUGUGUUUGAGUACGUGGUAAACAAAUACGAAGGAUGUGAUAUGAAGCUUUGUAUCUCCUUUGGCCUUAAGCAAGACCUGUGUGCUGUAAGUGCCAUUUAUCAGUAUUUUCAAGGCUCUGACCAGCCUCCGUUCAUGCGUGGCCUACAAUAACUAGCAUUUGUUGAUUUGUUACUUGUAUCGAAAUUCUAAAAUAAAACUUAAAGCCACUGACUCUGUCAGAGAAGCCAAACUCUGGGACAUUUCACCGUUUAAUAAUUCCUCAGUAUUCAUUUUGCGUUAAUUGACUUUCAGAAUUUCUCUACAGAAAUGAAAGGGAAAUUUUCUAAUCUGCUUUAUCCAUGUACUUGCAUUUCAAACAUGGACCUGCCAUUGUUAUUUGGCUCAUAAUUGUUUCCAAAUGUUAGUUAUUAUGGACCCAGUUUAUUAACAACAUUAGCUGAUUCUUACCUAUCAGUAUUAUUUUAUUUCUUUUAGUUUAUAGAUCUGUGCAACAUUUUUGUACUGUAUGUCUUCAAACCUGGCAGUAUUAAUACCCUUCUUAACUGACAUAUGUACUUUUAGUUUUAGAAAACUUUUAUAUUUAUGUGUCUUAUUUUUAUAUUUCUUUAUUUAUUACACAGUGUAGUGUAUAAUACUGUAGUUUGUAUUAAUACAAUAAUAUAUUUUAGUAUGAAAAUUUGGAAAGUUGAUAAGAUUUAAAGUAGAGAUGCAAUUGGUUCUCUUGCAUUGAGAUUUGAUUUAACAGUGUUAUGUUAACAUUUAUACUUGCCUUGGACUGUAGAACAGAAUUUAAAUGGGAAUGUAUUAGUUUUACAGCUACAAUCAAGUCAUUUUACCUUUACCCAGUUUUUAAUAUAAAACUCUUAAAUUCUGAAAUUCACUGUGUGACUAACAGCAUGAUGCUCUGCGGUUUUAUGAAGAGAUUAGUCUAACCAUGAAGUCUCAUUUCCUUAUAAGCCAAGCUAGGGCAACCUUAUAUAAACAGUGUUGGGAACAACGUUUAACAUUUUGUGCCAGUUUGUUCCUGUAUUCAUGUAUGUAAGUUACAAAUCUGACUCUUCAUUUUUAAGUUCCUUGUUACACCAUGGUCAUUUUCUAGUUUUUUACCAGACUCCCCCAUCUCACAAUAAAAUGCAUCAACAAGCCUGA